AUGGCUCGUGCUAAUAUAGAAGAGCAAGUUCUCAGCAUAUGCGAAUUAGUAAAUAAAAAUGAAUAUGGAGCAGCAGCUAUUGCUCUACAAUCAGCUCAUACUGAAAAUAUUUUGCAUUCAUCAGAUUUAACCACAUCAUUGAUUGUAAUCGAACAAACAGCAUGUCAGCUACUGAAAAAUUGCUUCAAUAAUAUUGAUACGAUAAAACAAGAAUGCCUGACAUAUAUUGAAGAAGUCGGUGUAUUCAAUCGAUACAUUGCAACGAUCAACACUGACAACGAUGCACAAAUACGUAUUCAAAGUCAAGUUCUCUUAGAUGCAGAUAUUCUCAAGAAUCUUGUCGUCAUUAUCAAUAUGCUUGCCAGUAAUAAUAGUUUUCAUGGUCAAAAUUUCGUUUUAUCAAUUUGCACAUGGCUUGAAGCUAUUGCUCAUUUUAUUCAUCGACAUGAUGAUUUAUUUAGAGAAAUAAUUCAACCACUUCGUCAGAGUAUAUUAGCUUGUGUUCUCUCGGAUUGGUAUCAAAUCUAUAUUAGGCAAUCACCUGCAAAGAAUAGCCCACAGCGCGCCUUCUUCAUUCGUACAUGUUCAUUUGUCACAGGCGUUUUUCAAUGUAAUUUAUUAUCAUUUGAAAAUGCUCUCAAAACUGCUCAAUCAUAUCAAAUCGUGAUACCUAUUGGCAAGCAAAUAAUCGAACGUCAUUUGGAUGAUUUUCGGCAAUAUCUUCUUCGGCAAUCAAAUGAUAUUGAGAAUGAUUACGAGUGUCUUACUGGUAUUUGUCUUCUUAUGACGAACUGUUAUAAUUAUGAAGCAUUUGUUAAAGAUGAUGAUUACUUCAAUAUUCUUUUACGAUUGUUAAAGUCAGACUUCGUACGAAAUGGUCUUUUACCUACUUGGACAAACGAUAGUACUAUUCUUGCCGAUACUUUAAUGGUGCAAUUGAAAAAUGCUAGCAAUGAUUCAACUAUACGAUUGUUUUUACAACAAAAUCAAGCAGCAAAUGUUGUUUAUCAUUAUUUUCAUGCUGACUAUGAUCGACUACGUUUGCAAGCAUGUAUGCUGCUGGGAGUGUUGCUGGAUGAUGCCACGAUUCGACAUUUAAAAAUUCCUGGCGAUGAAUUAACUUGUUUAUAUUUUGAUGCUAUUCGACAAGCGCAUAAAUUAUCAAAUAAAUGCUAUAAACGAGUUCCUAUACAUAUGCUUCUUCGAGCUUUUGCAGCGUUAGCUCAUAAUGAGACUAUUCAAAGUAGUGUUGAUACUGGAGCUGAUUAUUUUGAUUUUCUAUUGACUCUUAGCGAUGAUUAUAAUAUUGUUUAUGAUAUCUUAUGGACAUUAUCAUUCAACAACAGCUUGCAUGAAAAAUUUAAUUCGCAUGAACCUUUCCUUGCGCAUAUUCGCAAGUUUGUCGAUGAUCCGAAAUCUGUACUAGACAAAGAUGUAGUCAGAUCAGCAGAAGGCAUUCUGUGGAAUCUGUUGGAUCAGAAUCGUAUAAUUCCAUUGCCACAUACGCCGGUAAAUGCCGAUGAGAAAAAUGUUCCAUCACGCGAUCGCAAACAAAAGAUAUCACCAAUUGUGAACUACCCAUUUGAUAUCAUGAUUAGUUAUUGUCACGCUGAAAAAUCUAUCAGCAAAUCAAUAUUUGAAUAUCUGAAUAGUAAAGGUUAUCGGGUAUGGUACGAUGCAAAAAAUAUGCAUGGAGAUUCACUUCAAGCGAUGGCUAAUGCUAUUCAGGAUUCGCAGUGUAUUCUUAUAUGUAUGAGUGAAAACUAUGAGCUCAGUAAUGCUUGUCGGCAUGAGGCACAAUAUGCGUAUGUCCUUCAACGUCGUAUUGUACCAAUCGUGGCUCAAUCGAAAUAUAAGGCGAGAAAUUGGCUUGGUUUCGUAAUUGGUACUCUUAUAUACAUUGAUUUCACCAAAUAUGAAUUGAACAAUGCGUUUAGUAUGCUAGAAGCGGAAAUGGAACAAGCAGAUAAAACUAAUGAAGUUAAAGAAAAGAAGAUUCCCGUGAAUCAGAGCGAGAAAAAACAAGCGCCAAAGAUAUCAUUAUCGAGAGAAUACGAGCAUAAAUGUGUGAAAGAGUGGACACAUGAUGAUGUAAUCAGUUGGUGCCACGCAUACGAUUUGUUAGUUAUCUCAAAACUACUCGAACAUUAUGGUGGAACGCAUCUUCUGCGUCUGCAUAAUGUGUCGAAAGUAAAUGGUGACAAUAUUGUUUUUCAGUCAUUACAAGACGAUUGUCAGAAAAUUGGGACUAAUGACAAGGUUUCGCUGUCUUUCACUGAAUUUGUUCGAUUUCAAAGCGAAUUAGAGACGAGAAUUGAACGAGACACUGUUAAACCGACAACAAUUACCGCAGCUGAGAAAAAAACGACUAAAUCUUGUUCACUGCUGUAA